GCUGGUGAGGGAGCAGGAGAGGAGAACACAUGGAGAAGUAGUUCGGUGUAGUUCGGUGUAGUUCGGUGUAGUUCGGUGUAGUUUGGUUGUUUAUUGUUGGUGCAGAAGGCGGUAGCUGGUGAACAUGGUGAAACAAACCAUUCAGAUCUUUGCCCGGAUUAAACCAACACAGAAAAACACCGCGGUGUACUCUGUUAAUAAUGAAGAACAGAGUGGAGGAGGCUUGGAGUUUGUAAUUCCUAGAGAUCUUGCAGAUGGCUUCAUCAAUAACAAAAGAGAGAGCUACAGAUUCAGGUUUCAGAAGGUUUUUGAUCAGGAGACAAAGCAAGAAGAGGUUUUUGAGACUAUUGUUAAACCUGUGGCUGAUAAUGUGUUGGCAGGCUACAAUGGCACUAUUUUUGCCUAUGGGCAGACUGGCAGUGGAAAGACCUUCACCAUCACCGGUGGUGCUGAACGCUACAGUGACCGAGGCAUCAUCCCCAGAACCCUGUCCUACCUGUACCAACAUUUUAGCCAGGACAGUAGUAUGGUGUAUACCACCCACGUAUCAUACCUAGAGAUCUACAAUGAGGUGGGAUACGAUCUUCUUGAUCCACGGCAUGAAGCGUCCAAUCUGGAGGAUUUACCUAAGGUAACAAUAAUGGAAGAUCCAGAGCAGAAUAUUCACCUGAAGAACCUGUCACUGCAGCCAUCAACCAAUGAAGAAGAAGCUCUAAAUUUACUCUUUCUGGGUGACACCAAUCGCAUGAUUGCAGAGACUCCGAUGAAUCAGGCCUCCACUCGUUCUCACUGCAUCUUCACUAUCCACCUGUGCAGCCGAGAACCGGGUUCGGCGACACUCCGCCGCUCCAAACUGCACCUGGUGGACCUGGCUGGCUCUGAGAGAGUGGGGAAGAGUGGGGUGGGGGGUCAGACCCUUACUGAGGCUAAAUACAUCAAUCUGUCUCUGCACUACCUCGAACAGGUGAUCACAGCCCUGUCUGAGAAGAAUCGCUCUCACAUCCCGUACAGGAACUCUAUGAUGACCUCUGUUCUGAGGGACAGUUUGGGAGGCAACUGCAUGACCACCAUGAUCGCCACCGUGUCAGUAGAGAAGAGGAACGUUGAUGAGUCGAUCUCCACUUGUCGUUUUGCUCAGAGAGUGGCUUUGAUUAAAAACGAAGCUCUUCUCAAUGAGGAACUGGACCCAGCACUGCUGAUCAUCCGUUUAAAAAAGGAGAUUCAAAGCUUGAAAGAUGAGUUGGCCUUGGUGACUGGAGAGCAAAGGAAUGAUGAACUUACUCCAGACGAGAUCCGGAGGAUUGAAGAGCAGGUCACAGCAUUUUUGGAGGAUCCUGACCCUGAAGUGACUCUGGAUUUAGGACCAGAUAUGAGGAAAAUUCGCCACUGCUUUUCCCUGCUAAAGGUAAAGGUCCGGGAGAAGCCAGGUGUUCCAGGUGUUCCAGGUGUUCAAUCUGGUGAUUCCAGUCAUGUCUCAUCAUUAAACCUCAAGGAUACAGAGAACAAUCAAGAGCUACUGAAACUGAAGGACAUGUUAACCCAGCGCAACAAUGAAAUCAGUAUACUUGUAAGCAUGCUGAAGAAAGAGAAGAAAAAAGUCCAGGAAGCCAACGCUCAACUAUUACAUUUUAACAGUUCCCAGAAAUCACAGCAGACCACCUUCAGUGCUCCUGCUGAAAAGAGUCUGACAGAUGACAAUCCAGAGGAUAAAACACAUACUCAUUUAAAGAACAUAAACACUGGAGCUAGGCAGUCUAUGGGUCGACAGGAAGCAUUUGAAAUAUUUAGAAGUGAGCAUGAGGAUUAUAUUACUAUUGAAGACAACAAGACCAUUCUGAAACAGAGGUUUGCAGAAGCUAAAGCUCUGGGUGAGCAGGUUAACCAGGCAAGGAACAGAGUCAAUGAGCUGAAGAAGCAGUUGGAAAUGAGGAGGAUGCAGAUAGCAGCACAAGGUGUAAUAGGAAGCCAUGAGACUUCAGAACCAAACCCUGUAGAGGAGACACUACGUAACCAGAUUGAAGAGGAGAAGAAAAAUUAUAAAAGCACAUUUGGCCGAUUAAAAGCCAUGAAGACGGAGAUUGAACACCUCCAACAUCUGCUUCAGAGGUCAAAGAUCAAGCUGCAGAAGGACUUUGAGGACUGGUGGAUACAGCAGACUACGAAGUUACAGCAGGAUCAAGGCACAAAGAGUUCAGGAGCAAAAACAAACCAGGAACGUUCCCACUCUGUCGCCUCCGUCAGCAGCUCACACGAUCACAUCACUGACACCCAAGGCAGAAUUCACAGUGACCAAAGUACUCUACCUGCAAGAGACCUGAGAAAUACCAGCUCACAUCACUCUAUAAACACUCAAGACAGAACUCACAGUGACCAAACUACUCCACCUGCAAGAGACCUAAGGGCCUUGACCUCUACUGGUUUUUCCUCCACAUCUGUUCCCCUGACCGGAGACCAGCAGACUGAUUCAGAUAUUCUGGCCUUCAUCAGAGCCAGACAAAACCUGCUCACCAGAACAGGAGUGGCACCAGAAUAAAUCCAGAGGAAGAGGAUCUAAAGCCUUGAAGAACAUGGGCACUGCUUAGGGAUGUGGGUUUGUCUAGCAAACAAAUACUCAACAGAGACAUUACAUCAGAAAAGGUCAGACUGUCUGAACACUUUGUUUCUUUAAGUCAGAAAUUAUUUUUUUACACACAUUAAAAUGAAUAAUUCUAAA